AAUGAAUGGUGUUUGACGUUUUCUAAGGAAUGCACAGAAAUUCUACCAUCUGCGUGGUGCAACUAAUUUUUCUAUUAGUCCAUAGUACCAUCUCAUGGAGUAACCAUUCCAGCGAUGAUGAUCAGGUUCAGGGGGAACUUCUCUCAUGGAGGGUACGUUAUGUGAGAAAAGACAACAGCGAAAUGGAGCAUUUGCUUGUAAAUUUCAACGUCUCUCGUUUGGACGCGGAGGAAGUCUGCAGGUCUAUGGAAAUGGAGCUGGGAUCAUUUGAGGACUUAGAUGAGCAGCUGAUUGUUAUUGGAGCCUUCCAAAACAAGUGCACCACCUGUGGCAGAUACUAUUGGAUUGAUACAUGGUGGUGCAACUUUGCUUCGUCUCUCCAGCAAGAACAAAAUUAUUGCGGGAAUCUGAAUGUGAACAUCAAAAAGGGCACGUUUAUCUGCACAAAAAUGAUUGCCAAGGCAGCGAAAGGAAUUGAAGUGAUAGCUCAAGGACCAGAUGGAGCGCCAAUGUCGUGCCUUUUUAUAGCAAAGCCUACAACUUUUGAAGACGCCAAGAAACAAUGUAACGAUAGGGGCUAUCGACUUGGUGAAGUUUCCAGCAUAGCUGCAGCACAUCCAGUAGAGAUGUUUCGAACAAAAUGUCCUACUUGUGGAGGAUUGUACUGGGUGGAUCGCGAUCCCGACGAGAAAAUUGCUGAGGAAGAGUCAGUCGAGUCGCCUUGUCCAGCCGUUUCCAUAGAAGAAGACCAGAUCAUAAACUUGCCCUGUUCUGAAGAACCUGACAUCCAUAUCUACAAGAAUCAAGACGACGAUCUAAGAGGAUGCAUCUGCACGAAGUCUUUGCUUACUGCUUAGAUCAUUAUGUUGUGACCAUGUUAGUUAGUUGCCCUGCGGCUUCCUUAGAACAGCAGUGAAUAAAUA